AUAGACGUGAAGAAGAACAACAACAACCAUUUUGCUCGGACUGUACAGGCAUCGUAGUGGGCCGAAAUAUCAAUAGACAGAAAGAGGACAAAGAGCUGCAAUGGACGGAGAUGUCGCGGUUGGUGUGAAGAGAGGCUCAGAUGAGCUCAACAUGUAUGGUAGCAGCCCCAGCUCUAUGACCGCGAAUGGCAGUGACAGUAAGAAACAGCGUCUGGACGAAUCACCUCCCUCCAGAGUUCUCCACAUCAGGAAACUUCCCAAUGAAGUGUCAGAGACUGAAGUCAUUGCUUUGGGUCUGCCCUUUGGAAAGGUCACCAACAUACUGAUGCUCAAGGGGAAGAACCAGGCGUUUCUGGAGUUGGGUACAGAGGAAGCAGCCAUCACGAUGGUGAACUACUACACAGCUGUCACACCACAGGUCCGAAACACUUCUGUCUUCAUCCAGUAUUCGAACCACAAGGAGCUGAAAACAGAUUCUGCUCUCAACCAGAGGGCCCAGGCAGUGCUGCAGGCGGUGUCAGCUGUUCAGGAUGGAAGUUCUCCAUCUUCUGACCCAGGAGUUCUGGACCUUGCUCCACCUCCCAGCCCUGUGCUGAGAAUUAUUAUUGACAACAUGUUUUAUCCUGUGACACUGGAUGUUCUUCAACAGAUCUUCAGUAAGUUUGGCACCGUGAUGAAGAUUAUAACCUUCACCAAGAACAACCAGUUUCAGGCCCUUCUUCAGUUCAGUGACCCCGUCAAUGCACAGCAAGCUAAACUGUCUUUGGAUGGACAGAACAUCUAUAAUUCAUGCUGUACUCUGCGGAUAGACUUCAGUAAAUUGGUCAACCUCAAUGUCAAAUACAACAACGAUAAGAGUCGAGAUUACACCAGACCUGACCUUCCUACUGGAGACGGAGAGGCAACCAACAAGGAUCAUUCUCUAUUGGGUACCCCAUCUGGAGCUCUAGCGUCCUACUCCAGUGGAGGAGGCUACUCGUCUUCACUCUCCCUCUCGCAGGGUGGAGGAGCCAUUAGUCCUCUGAGUGCUGCAGCCGCGGCAGCAGCAGCUGCAGGUCGCGUUGCUCUGUCUGGCUCCGGAGUGUCAGGAGUCCUGUUGGCAUCCAACCUAAAUGAAGAGAUGGUCACGCCUCAAAGUCUCUUUACCCUCUUCGAUUGUGUGUUAAUCCAGUGCAGUCAUAGAGCACGUUUUCAUGUUAUUCGACAACUUUGCCGCUGGGAUUAUCUGCCACUCAUCAGCCAAACAGUUUCAGGAGUCUAUGGGGAUGUCCAGAGGGUAAAGAUCCUCUACAACAAGAAGGACAGCGCUCUGAUCCAGCUGUCUGAUGGCAACCAGGCUCAACUGGCUAUGAGCCACUUGAAUGGUCAAAAGGUGUUUGGUAAAGUGAUGAGAGUGACACUGUCAAAACAUCAAACCGUGGCUCUUCCCAGAGAAGGACUGGAUGACCAACUACUAACCAGGGAUUUCUCUGGCUCUCCACUCCAUCGCUUUAAGAAGCCAGGAUCCAAGAACUUCCAGAAUAUCUUUCCUCCCUCUGCUACUCUUCAUCUCUCCAACGUUCGGGAUGGUAUGGGAGAGGAAGAUCUUCGUCUUUUGUUCUCUAACAGUGGAGGAACUGUCAAGGCCUUCAAGUUCUUCCAGGAUCGUAAGAUGGCCUUGAUCCAGAUGACUUCAGUAGAGGAAGCCAUCCAAGGACUGAUGGACCUUCACAACUAUGACAUGGGAGGGAAUCACCAUCUAAAAGUUUCCUUUUCAAAGUCCACCAUCUAACCCUCACACCCGGCUCCUACACCUGAAGAUCCACGACGAGUGAGGAAGUCCCUACUAGUUGUCCUCUUUUCAACAUGUUCUGUUAACAUCCUCCGCAAUGUCCCAAAACUUCAAAUGAUGUAGGACAAUAUCACACUUGAUGUGAUUUAAAAGUCCAAAGUUAAAAAUUAAGACAUUAUAAAUCUUAUAUUUUAAAUAUUGAGAAAAUCGAUUGGUCAAGAGUGUAAACUCUUGACCAAUCGAUUUUCACUCUUCCUUUGGUCAAGAGUGUAAACUCUUAACCAAUGGAAGCAGUACUUACCCCAGCCCCCGGCCCAUAGGCAGUUUGCUCCUGGGUGUGUCAGUACAUGAGACAGACUUGAACUCAUGCUCUCUCACCUGUCGGCAUUGCAGUAGACACUUUUCCUUGAAUUGUCUGUUGAGCUUUGAGUUCUGUAAUUAAUGAUUACUCACUUUUAUGUACAUUGUGUUGCUACCUGAACUUUUUCUGUUCCCAAGCAAAUGUCCAUUUUGAAUCCCACGGGACAGUCACAGUCCUUCUACUCAUUCUCUGUGGUAGUUUCUCCAACAAAACAUCAUACAUGAUCAAUUUCAUCAUCAUUUGUCUGACUCCUCUUCUACCUUUCUUUCAUUUGAAGAUGUAUUUCGGACCUAGUGGUUUGUGACACAACCCACUCGUGCUGAUUCACUUAAACAUUUUCAAAGACAUUAGGAUCCAUAAAUCCUCAAAUGUUCUAUAAAAGCCAUGUGAUGCAAUUUUUAAUUUAAAGAAAACAAUUUUUAUGAACAAUCAAACUGAGGCCGUUUAUACUUGAAAGCUAUCCAACUACAAGCAUCAAGUUAAUCAUAGCUGUCUGAGUGGGGAUGUUUAAAACAUAUUCUGGGAAAUGUGACGCUUGUUGAGGACAUUUGAGUUCUCCCCAAAUUUCCUUAACAAAAUAAUUUGCAUUAUGCAUUGAUAUUUAUGUUGUAAAAAUAUCAAGGAUCCAAAGGUUUCUGUUAGACAAGGAUCCACCAUUCACCAUGUGAUUGUGGUCUUGGUCUCUGGUUUUGGGAGGAGACUAAAGUAUGUGCAUUCUUUCUGAGGUCUGAUUUUAUCGUUGAUUAUUUUGUGUUUUUAAACAGUUAAUUUUACCAGCAAUGUUCGUUGAUCCUGGGUUAUAAACCUGUGCGAACUAUUAUUUGUUGAAUAGAUGUGAACCUUUUCUUCCCAGUCAGACAACAUGAACUUCUUUAUCAAGCAGAGAUUCACAGAAUGUCACUUAUUGAACUGAGGGUAUCUCCAGUGUUUCUAAGUUUUUUGUUUUUUUUACUUAUCUCUGGUUCUUACUUGCAGCUGCAUUUUAUUUGGAUGAUUUCGAUUUUCUGUUAGGGGGUUGUUUUAAUUUCUCAACGUGAGUUCAGUUCAUUUAUUUUUUAUUUUAUUUUUUUUCUUAAAAUUUCAUAUUAGCACAAAUUAAACACGUCUUUUCUACCAAGGAGGCCAAGUUGAAUUGUGUGUUUGUGUAUGUUUGUACUUGGUUCAGACCUCUGCUCUCAUCUGUCUUACUGUCAAUAAACUUCUCUCACUCUGUCCA